AGUUCCCGAUGAGCAAAGGGUUAAAAGAGGCGCAGCUAGACGCCGGUGGAGCUGAAGUCAUCCGCCGAGCGCACAGCGAGGAGGAGGAGAGAUACAGAGAACACCUCCAAAAACACGCAUCAAGGACGAUUCAAGCUGCGGAUCUGCGCUCUGCUGCUUCCUGUUAAUCAUCAUUGUGUUCCUUCUCCCUCCAGUUAAACACAGAUAGAGCGAGAGAAGGUGGAAUGAGAAAUAAAUAAAUAAAAACGCGCAGCCCAGCGCCCCAACUAUGGCUCCAACAACGCUCGUCGGGAAGCUCGCCCAGUCUGCUUCACAGGAGCUGGCUGUAGUGCAGGAUGAGAGGUCUGCCGUGCUCCACCGAGUGUGAAACCAGGAGGAAAUAGCACCUGACAGGCGGCCCUCCCCUCAGGGGACAGAAACAGACACCUUCGCUCCUCUUAACCUGGAAACUGGAGGCUGGAAACGGCCCAGAUCUGCCGUGCGUACACUGCGCCUCCUUUUCACAACUCUCCUCUCCUCACUUUCUCCCGGAAAGCCGCGAGAGUCGACUGUCCCUCUGACCAACUUGGGGAAACUUUGGCCACCGGAUUACUGCCACUGAACCUGUCAGGGUAGAGUCUCCAUGCACUGAGCGCAGUGACCAUCGUGCGCUCGGCUGCGGGGACUGGAAACAUAGCUUCGGUGUGAGAUUACUAAAAGUCCUGCAAAGUCUCUCAAAGUCCAGGGGCCACCGCAGCGAAGAUGCCGGUCCGGAGGGGCCACGUGGCUCCGCAGAACACCUUCCUGGACACCAUCAUCAGGAAAUUCGACAGUCAAAGUCGCAAGUUUGUCAUCGCCAAUGCGAGGGUGGAGAACUGCGCCAUCAUCUUCUGCAAUGAUGGCUUCUGCCACAUGUGUGGUUACUCACGUGCUGAGAUCAUGCAGAAGCCAUGCACAUGUAACUUCCUCUAUGGGCCUGACACCAAGCGACUGGCCAUUUCGCAGAUGGCGCAAGCCCUGCUGGGAUCGGAGGAGAGGAAAGUGGAGAUCAACCUUUACCGCAAAGAUGGUCAGUGCUUCCUGUGUAUGGUGGACGUGGUGCCGGUGAAAAACGAAGAUGGCCUGGUGAUCAUGUUCAUCCUUAACUUCGAGGGCUUGACAGAGGAAGCCCUCCUAGACCGCAAACAGGAGCUCAACCACCGCCUACCCACCUGGCUUGUCACCGGUCGUCCACGAGGCUUUAAGCUGCGUCUUCCCCUUCUGCGCUCCAUGUCUAACAGUAAAGUGUCUCUGAACGACACAGAGGCAGGACACAUCCCCACUGCCACACCCCUGCCUCUGCACCCAGACCACCACAGUCAUGAGUCCCUAGGCAUGGGGGAGUUCCUGCCUCUUCCCCGCUUAUCGCUAAACCACCAGGAGCAAAUCAGUGGAAGCAGGUCAGCUCUACAGAGUUGGCCAGAAGACCACCAGGAGGACCAGCACACCUUACUGGGCCCUGAACCUCCCAUACCGCCUUCUUCUCCUCCUCCACCUCCCCACAGAGCCCACCUUGUAGGUUCCCUCACCCAGUCAUCCCCCUGCGUAGCGCCCCACCACCGCCUCAGCCUCAACCCGGACGCCUCAGGCUCCAACUGCUCGCUGUCUCGCAGCCGCUCGCGGGAGAGCUUCCACAGCAUGCGUCGCGCCUCCUCCGUAGACGAGAUCGAGGCCAUGAGGCCCGACUGGGAGCGAAAGAACCGCAGAGCGAGUAUCCGACCGGGGAGCAGCAGCACUGGUGCAGUGAACAGUAAGUCCAACAUAUUGAACUCCACUUCGGACUCUGACCUCAUGCGGUAUCGCACCAUUUCCAAGAUCCCUCAGAUCACCCUCAACUUUGUGGAUUUCAAAGCCGACCCACUCAUCGCCCUGCCCACAGGGGACAUGGAGAUCAUAGCUCCCUGCAAACUCAUCGACCGGACGCACCACGUCACAGAGAAAGUCACACAGGUGCUGUCUCUGGGUGCCGAUGUGUUGCCGGAGUACAAGCUCCAGGCCCCCCGCAUCCACAAGUGGACGGUGUUGCACUACAGCCCGUUCAAGGCGGUGUGGGACUGGCUGAUCCUGCUGCUGGUCAUCUACACCGCCAUCCUGACACCCUACUCAGCCGCAUUCCUCCUCAACGACCAGAGCCAGGGGCAGACUGUUUUCUGCCAUGUUUUUCACUACCAUAUCUCAUUACCAAUACCUGUACUCUGUCUCUCCAUCUCCCAUCAGACCACCACUCUUAUUGGUCUGCUGAAAACGGCUCGUCUCCUGCGAUUGGUGCGUGUAGCCAGGAAGCUGGACCGCUACUCGGAGUACGGUGCCGCUGUCCUCUUCCUCCUCAUGUGCACCUUCGCCCUCAUCGCUCACUGGCUGGCCUGCAUCUGGUAUGCCAUCGGUAGCGUCGAGAGGAAUGGUUCAAUUGGCUGGCUCCACACGCUGGGGGACCAAUUGGGAAAGCACUACAACAGCUCCGUCCUAGGUUCGGGACCCUCCAUCAAAGACAAGUACGUCACAGCUCUGUACUUCACCUUCAGCAGCCUGACCAGUGUGGGAUUUGGAAACGUGUCCCCAAACACCAACUCUGAGAAGAUCUUCUCCAUCUGCGUCAUGCUCAUAGGAUCCUUGAUGUACGCCAGCAUCUUUGGGAAUGUGUCAGCCAUCAUCCAGCGGCUGUACUCAGGGACGGCCCGCUACCACACCCAGAUGCUGAGAGUCAGGGAGUUCAUCCGAUUCCACCAGAUCCCCAACCCGCUCAGGCAGAGGCUGGAAGAGUAUUUCCAGCACGCCUGGUCCUACACCAAUGGCAUCGACAUGAAUGCAGUGCUGAAGGGUUUCCCGGAGUGUCUACAGGCGGACAUCUGCCUCCAUCUGAACCGGACUUUGCUGCAGAACUGUAAGGCUUUUAAGGGCUCCACCAAGGGCUGCCUCAGGGCGUUGGCCAUGAAGUUCAAGACCACCCACGCACCCCCGGGUGACACGCUGGUCCAUGCCGGGGACGUCCUCACUGCCGUCUACUUCAUAUCCAGGGGCUCCAUAGAGAUACUAAGAGGAGAUGUGGUGGUCGCCAUCUUGGGGAAGAACGAUAUCUUCGGUGAGCCUAUCAACCUGUAUUCCCGACCAGGUAAAUCCAACGCUGAUGUGAGGGCUCUAACCUACUGCGACCUCCAUAAGAUCUUCAGAGAAGAUGUUCUGGAGGUUCUGGACAUGUAUCCUGAGUUUGCAGACCACUUCUGGAACAACCUGGAAAUCACCUUCAACCUCCGAGAUACCAACAUGAUCCCAGGCUCUCCGAGCAGUGAUGACUCUAACUGUGGGGGGUUCAACAAGUUACGCAGACGCAAGUUAUCAUUCCGAAGACGCACAGAAACAGAUGAUGCAGAUGCUGGUGAAAUUAAAAAGUCCCAUAAGUCCCUGCGACGAAGACACAGGGAAGCAACCAACAACCAAAAACAGGAGGAGGCACCUCAGCGGCAAUGGGAAGCACACCGCAGCUCAGUGUCUUCACACUCCAGUGGUGAUGAGGGGGAGGAAUCAAUUGUGACUAGACUCGCCCCUCCACCAGCAAUGCUGGAGAAUCCGCAGGCUCAGGCCAUGCCCAGGAACUACAACAGGAACACUGAGGGGGAAGGAGACCCCAAGAUUGGGAAUACCUGCAACGCUCUGUCAGGUGCAUUCUCUGGGGUGUCCCACAUCUUCAGUUUCUGGGGGGAGAGUCGGAGUGGUGGUCAGUACCAGGAGGUUCCCAGCUGCAGCCUCACCUCCCCCCCGUCCCUCAACACGCCGCUGCACAGCCUGAACCGACAACAACGCAACCAGCUGGACACACGCCUGGACCUGCUGCAGAAACAACUCAACAGGUUGGAGAGUCGUAUGUCAACGGACAUUGGAGCUAUCAUGCAGCUGCUGCAGAGACAGAUGGCUCUGGUUCCUCCUGCGUACAGCGCUGUGUCCUCACCACCUCAGGUCUCACCCUACCCUGGUCCCUGCCCAGGACCAGGUCCAGGAGAGAGACUGGUCCAGCCUCCUGUCACACCACUGGAGACGGACACCCUGGCCUCCCUCUCACAGAUCCUGGAUUCCCAGGACUUUGAGGAGUUCCCAGCCCAGUCUCUUGAUUCCCUGCAGCCCCAGGACACCCCACUGAUUAACACCAACCAGGGCCAGCUCACUACCUCUAGACUGGACAUCCUGGGGCAGCAUCGGGAUCUGGGACUGGUCCCUGAGGCUGGAGUCAUUUCUGGGCCAGGUUCAGGUGUAGGGAUAGAUUUUGGGAGCGAGGAUGCAGUAGGGUCAAGCUUAGGAGCAGGGUCAGACUUUGGUUCAGGGGUAUGUAUGGGGGCUGGGGUUGGGCCAGCAACUGGAUCAGGGGUAUCUUCCCUGGAUCCUGAAACCCAAAGAAGGCUGUCCCUCCAAGAACCACAGACACCUCUGGACUCACGGACACAACACAGACAGAGCUCUGACCCAGGCGGGAGCUAAGGAAGAAGCAGGGGGAGGAGAGUGGGAUGGAGGGAGAGCUACAGAGAGAGAAUAGAGCGUUGUUUCUUCCUGCAGUCUCUCUUUUAACAGAUCCUCGUGGUACCCCUGGAGAUCCAGAGGCACCUACUGCACCUACCACCAAAACCCUUUAGGGCACCCAGAGACUCUGUUUUCACCGCUGAAGUUUCGCCUCUGAUCUCUUAAAAAAGGACACACAGCUCAGAGAGAGGAGAGCCAGACCGGUCGGUUAAGGAAAGGGUUAAGGUCUCUCUCUGUCUCUCUCUUCCACAAGUCCCGCCCCCGGAGCGUUCUGGACGCCACAACGGUACAACCUUUAACCAAAACCACAACCAGAGCAGAGAGGAGCUCUGCAUCUUAUUAAACACAGUCCAGGUCGACCCAGACGGAUCAGGUGUGGACCUCUCAGUUAUCUGCUGAAGGAUGACACUUUACACACACACACACACACACACACACACACACACACACACACACACACACACACACACACACACACACAUACAUGACUGCUAUUCUGUAGAAUAAUCCCUUUACUGCUUUGUCCAGUGUUGGAAGACUGACAAGAACAAGACAACAAGGGACAGAAUAACGACGAAACCAGUAGCCAUUUACGUCUUGCACUGAAACUAUUGAUAUAAUGAUUAUUCUAUACUAUAUGUCCGUGGCGCUUCCGAUAAACUCACAAACUAGCUGGUGAAUUGUAGUGUUAGCUGGCCUAACAGGAAACCUGCUGUCCAGUUCUGUCAUUGGUUUCACCCCCCCCACCCGAGGUCCUGCCCCAGGAGGCGGAGCCAACGCUUUCCCCUUCUCAAGAACACACUGGAUUGGCUGGUUUGCAGCUCGGGGGUGGGAACUGGAGGGUUAAAAGCCAUGAUUUUUUCUCAAAGAACAUAUCAGCGACCAGAUUAUAAACCUUGUACAGAUUUGCUGUGGAGUAAAGAACAUAUGGCACGCUUGGGCAGUGUCACAAACAGGUAAACUGGCAAACUUACAAGUUUACCACGACAAUAGAGCACCACAAGCAGCCAACUAUAAAUAAUCAAACAAGCAGGAAACCCCAGAAUAUUAAAUCCAUGAGUCAUGGUUUUAAAGUAGAACUUUGAUGAUAUGAUGACACGGUACUGGCUUGCUUUAAUUUCCAAAAAAUCAAAGCACAUGCAUAAGGG